AUGGACGCUAUGCUGGCUCUUGCUGGAUCUCAUCUUGCCGUUCAAGUUGAGAAUCCACAGACUGCCCUCGCAGUGCAACAUCGACAAAAGGCCAUCGUUGGCCUCGAGGAUGCCUUCGCCAAUUGGCCCCCGACAGCUGAGGAAUCGUACAUCAUGUUAGCAACCUCUUACUUGCUAUGCUUCCAGUCAAGCUAUAUAAGUGACGGCUUUCUCGAACACUUUUUAUCUUUGCGGGGAUGCUCAUUCCUCUCUCAGCUUAUCAUAGACGAGGGUUUCAGCAGCCCUUUCUCCACACAGAAAGGCUUGAGCAUGAUAGCCAUGGACACAGCAUUUACCAAAUGUCCUGAAGUCGACCAGGAACUUUUGCAACAGGCUCUACUGUCUUUGAAAGCCCUUUCUGGUGCAAUGACCGGAACUGGUGUACAUCCCAUCGAGAAGGCCAUUGUCGGCCAGCUCGCCGAAACACUUCGACUCCUGCUGCAUUCAGACCUGGAAAAAGAAACCGAUGAACUUCCAAAACGUCGUGACUCGAUGUUGGAUCUCUUCCCGUUCGCCAACCCGAUCUUACCACAAGGAUUCGGGCUCGCCUUUGACAGCAUCGACUGGGAAAACGUUACGGAUCCACUCCCUGGCGCUCCGUACCCCAUUCGGUCUUUUGCAGCUAUGAUGGUCAUCCUCACGAUCUUCUCAACCUGGCCACAUGAAGCACUCAUGCGCAUGUUUGACCGCACAAAUCAGCUUGGCAACGUCAUCAUGGCCCACUUUUGCGCCGUGCGAUUCGUCUUGUCCUCACUAGCUGCACCAAAAAUGGCCUUGAAAACCCCUACAAGGGCGACUGUUCAGUGGAAUGCCUUGAUCAUAGCUGCUGUAGACGAUGACAAAAGUGGAGAAUGGACGGAAUAUGUGGAAUGGCCAAGAAAGAUAUUACGAUGUAUGGAGGCUUGUUGUGCGAGACACAAAGGCUUUACCAUGGAAGACGUGCGCAAGGCCGCGAAGCUCCUCGCACUCAGAGAGGAGCUCGAGGCUGAACUCGAGCGUCACGUCGCGCUCAGAACAAUCAGAUUCAAUCGGGUGCGCGCGGGUACUUACGACGAAGGAACUGUCGUGCAGGGUAUCCACAUCAUUGCAGCGGACAAGUGGGAUAUGGUUAUCUGCGGAAUGGAAAUUGCGGGUGGGUGGCGAGAUGGGCAUUUUUGGGCUCGCAUUCGUGGAGCUGAUGAGUGGAUCAAGUUCGGAAGCCAGCUCGUCAUCAACGGCAAUGAUGUUACUGAAGAGGUGGUGAAGUCAGGUGGGCACGUGGAUCUCCAAUGGGCAGAGACAGAGACACCACCAGAGUACAGACAAGACGCAGAGAGCAUCGGGAUAUAG